UGGUUUGGGAAUGAGAACUAAGAGACAAAACUUCACACGCCAGGGCUGCCAGUCUGCUUUGCCGGAUCUUCUGCAAUCUAAACUCCGUAAAGACUGCAUGGUGGCAGCGGAGUGGAAUGCACUCACCUGGGCAAGCUUCGGAAAAUGGGGAAACGAGGGGGGAGCUGCCAAAGCAGGUGAACGGCCCAGAAAGCUGCAGAAAUGGUGUCGGCGGCCAUCUUGGGGAGGAGGUGGAAUCCUUCCUGAGUGACGCUGGCUCGCUCGACAGCUUUGAUGACCUUACCAAAGUGAAUCCUGUCACCACUGCGACAGUCCUGAAAUGCUUGCAAGCCAGGUACACCGCAGACGUCUUUUACACCAACGCCGGCUGCAGCCUCGUGGCCGUCAACCCCUUCCAGCCAAUGCCGUCACUCUACUCGCAUGAACUCAUGAGAGACUACCAUGCUGCCCCCCAUCCUCAGGAAUUAAAACCUCACAUUUUUGCGGUGGCCGAAGAAACCUACCGAAAUGUCAAAAGCCAGAUCCCACCUGUGAACCAGUCCAUAAUCGUUAGCGGCGAAAGCGGUGCAGGGAAGACCUGGACGUCACGAUGCCUGAUGAAGUUUUACGCUACUGUAGCCUCUUCGUCCUCCGCCCCCGAAGGCAGCGUUGAAGUGGAGAGAAUAGAGAAAAGGGUGCUGGAUUCUAAUCCUGUGAUGGAGGCCUUUGGAAACGCAUGCACUCUACGGAACAAUAACAGUAGCCGUUUUGGGAAGUACAUCCAGCUUCAACUGAGCAGAUCACAGCAUCUGACCAGCGCUUCCAUUCAGACAUUCUUACUGGAGAAAACCAGAGUUGCCUAUCAGCCCCCUCAAGAAAGGAACUUCCAUAUUUUCUACCAGGUUUGUACCAGGAUUUAA